AUGGACCCCUCCGUGUGGAACAGUGAUGCAGCCCUCGAGUGGCACCAGGUGUAUACCGAAUGGAAUGACUUGAGAGGCAAUUAUUUCAACAGCGUGAUCCAGGCUGCCGACACUUUGCGCAGGCUCAGCCGCCGGAUGGCCGCCCUACAGCGGUCGUCCCGCAUGACCAACGCACAGAUGAACAGCCGCUACAUGACUUUGUGUCAGCAGAUGGGCUAUGAGGAAAUGACCCGCGACCUGGUCCUGCAAGAUGGCAAAGGCCUCUUUUCCGCCGACGAGAGAGCGUGGAUGUCGUUUGAUGAGCUUGUCGACCGCUACGCCAACUUUGAGGCGUGGCGUCGUCAGAACCCGAUCAAUGGUAACGGCAACAGCAACCAGGUUAACAACGGUAUUGGGCGAGUCCGAAGCAACGAACCUACCCCGCCAAGAACCACCUCCCUGGAUCCAAACCCCCGAUCUAUGACUCUUCCUGAGCGCAACAAGAGCAUUGACACUAAUCGACAUGCUCAGCCGGAGUAUGAACAAGCGCCGGCCUAUUCGGAAGAACCUGGCUACGAUCAUUACGGUCAAGAUGAGAAGCGCCAGCCCGAGGUUCAGACACAGUCCCCUUCCUUACACCAGAGGCGGGCCUUGCAGCGCUCAGGUACCCAGCGCGCCUUUGACUUCAUUGCUAGAUCGUCGGUGGCGCCCUCGAUCCCAGACAUCAACGUGCCCUACAAUGAUGAUCCUCUCGCCCCUCCACCGCCCCUUCUGUCUCCUCGUCAAAUCAAAGAUAAGCGAAGCAGUCGAAAAUCAAUGAGAUACGACACUGAAGAGUUCAUGUCGUGA